UCCUAUUCGCUGAUUGGCUCGCGUGAUGCGAUGACGUCAUGGGGGCGCUUCGGGGGCGCGGGAAGCGGACUGAGCCUGGAGUGACCAGGUUUUGGUGAGUGACAUUUUCCUCCUUCCCACCCCCUCCGUAGAGGAUGGCUGAGGACUCCCACCACUUGGAACAGGACUCCAGGGCAGAGAGCGAGGAGGACGAGGUGGUGCUGACUCCUGCAGAGCUCAUCGGUCAGCUGGAGCAGGCCUGGCUGAACGAAAAAUUUUCCCCUGAACUCCUGGAGAGCAAAUCCGAAAUCGUCGAAUGUGUCAUGGAGCAGCUGGAUCACAUGGAAGCAAAUCUCCGACGAGCCAAGAAGGGAGACCUGAAGGUCAGCAUUCACCACAUGGAGAUCGAGAGAAUUCGCUAUGUCCUCAGUAGUUACUUGAGGAGCCGGCUGAUGAAGAUAGAGAAGUUUUUCCCUCAUGUUCUUGAGAAGGAGAAGACUCGGUCAGAGGGAGAGCCUUCCAACCUCUCCCCAGAAGAGUUUGCCUUUGCCAAAGAGUACAUGGCCAACACCGAGACGUAUCUGAAAACUGUGGCCCUGAAGCACAUGCCUCCUAACCUGCAGAAGGUGGAUCUCCUAAGAUCAGUUCCCAAACCCGAUUUGGACUCAUUUGUGUUCCUGAGGGUGAAGGAGCGGCAGGAGAACAUUCUAGUGGAGCCCGAGACGGAUGAGCAGAGUGAGUAUGUAAUUGACCUGGAGGAGGGCUCGCAGCACCUGAUCCGAUAUAAAACCAUCGCGCCUCUGGUCGCCUCUGGAGCCGUCCAGCUAAUUUAAAGUCCGAAGGAACAAGGCUGAGGAGGCGCAGAAGGGCGGACGUGGACUCCGUUCACGGGGACGUUUCGGAGAACCGGUCAUCGCCGAGGACUCCAGGGUGGGAAUCUUGAACUUCCUUCUCCAGCUGGCUCCCGUGUACCAAGACCCCCCCUCCCCUUCACUUCCAGGAGAGCCUCGGCUCAGUUUAACUUCGAAGGUCAAGCCCAGUUUGGUGACUUUAAUCACUAGUUUCCAGAAGGCAGAAGGAAUCGUCCCAACUUGUGACAAGGGCAUUAAGUUGUUUUGGGUGUGAAAAGGUUGACUGACUUUUUUUCCCCCCCUCUAACCUGCCUCCGCGGAAACCUGCGGAGUGAAACAAUCUUUCCUGAUGCUGCAGAUUAAGUGGGCAGGGUUCGGGUUCGGAUUAAAUGUUCAUUUUUGUCUAAGGUCAGAAGAUGGUGCCAUUGCACUUUCAUCUACUGAAUACCCCAAAAAGAAGAAGCGUCUAUGCAGCUCCCCAGGGGCCCGUUCUCCUGCUGUAAUAGUGCACAUUAGGGAUAAAUCCAAAAGGCGCGUAUAGGAUGGAAAAAGCAAUUGCGCAUACAGCCGUACAAAGCACCACAGCCCGUGGCGGGGAAGUAAUAUUAUUUGGCCGUGUAAGGAAACUGAUGGAAGAAAGCGUUUGAUCGGGCUGGGAGCAAUCUAUCUAGCAUGAGGAAAGCUGACGGGGGCUGUUUUAGAGACGGGGCCUCGGUAUUCCAUUUGGGGCACAGAAUAUAAGGACCAGCUGAAAAGCCAAAGCUCGCUUUCCGUCACCCUUGGCUGGGAACGGACACAAAAGAAAAACAGAACUAGUAGAGCGUUCCGGUUCUGGAGCAGAAGGAGCUCCCGUGCGGUUCUUGGCACCAGUCUCACGAGGGGCACCAUGCUGAGCGCUCGUCUGCGGUCUGCCCCGAGUCCCUGGCAGGACUUGGACAACGAGGUCCUGGGAAGGCGGCAUCUGCUCCCUCUGUCAUGUCUUAGGGGAGCUGUAGUCCCCAUUCUGUGUCUCUCAUCAGAAGGGGCUGGAGAUGAGCUGAAUGCUGCAGGGGAGGAACGGGAAAGUGCUGCAGAGGGAGAGAGAGGAAACCAGCUGUCCCCACGAAGUGAUUAAGUGACAACCUGCACACUAAUUUUAGUCAUCUCGGAUGAAAUUCCAGCUCGGCAUUAUAAAGGGAUCAGAAAUUUUCUCACAUUUGAACUAUAUCAUAAGAGUUGCUCACUUAUAUCCCUGUUAGUAUUCUGCAGUUGCAGCGCUGACACCUGGCUCUCAUUUUACCCUCUACCCCCAUUCUCUCCCCAGUCGGAUGGGACUGAGUGUAAAUAUUGAAUGCACCGGGUAAACGAAGGUCACGUCUGCGUGACGUUAACUCAGCUAUCCACAUUAUUGGACUUCAUCCUCUUUUCCCUUCUUCAUUUUGGGUUUAUUGAGUGCUUACUGUGUGCAGAGCGCUGUAUGAAGCACUUGGGAAAGUACGAUAUUUUUUCCUCCUUGACCUUCUCUUGUCUCCUUCCUCCCCUUAUUGUGUCCAGUCAGACUGUCCUUACUCCACACCCUAGUCACCUUAGCCACUUCCCUUCACCUCCUAGCCCCAAAUUCUAAUGCAGUUGACCCUGUGGCUCCUCUCCCGGGGCCAUUUUUGCUCCUCUCUGUCCUCCUGUUAGGUAAGCGCACUCCCUCUCUCCCUCUCCCUCUCCUUCUCCUUCUUCU